AUGGCAUCCAAAGAAUUGUCGGAAGAUCUCGAAGAUGACAGAUUUGUAAUAGUUCAAAAAGGAAACACACUAAAUCUGACCGGCAAUAUAACGAGCCGUGAUGGAAUUACAAUAACACAAACAGGCAACACUUCGAAUAAUCGAAGCGUGCAGGUAAAUAGGAGAGAGAACGAUAUAGCUCAGAAAGAGAAACACUACAGAGGGAAUGUUACAAAUGAAGCAUCAUGCGAUGUAAAUAGUGACAUAGAUACAUCAGCGUAUGAACAAAACCUUCAUGAACAUGCUGAACAAACAAGACCUAUUCAUGGAAAUUUGCAAAGUAAUCAUUCCCAACUUCUCCGUCGAGAAACUGAAUAUUUACUUGAUGAAAUCGAUGCAGAUUUUUUGACAGAUCAUUUGUUUGCCAAAUAUAUUAUAGGCAGGGAAGGUCAAAUGAAAAUUUCGCAACAAACAUCCAGUAAAGAACGUACUCGUGUUUUGUUAGACAUCUUACAUGAUAGUGGACCACAGAGAGCUUUUCCUGAGUUUAUAAAAUCUUUAGAAAAGGUGUACCCGCAUGUUGCAAACAAACUUAAAGCUGGAACAUGUGCUAAGUAAGGUACUAAUUGUUCGUCGGCGUAUUUA